AUGGAAAUUAUGAGUGUGUAAAUUCUAAUGAGGAUGAUUAUUUGUUGGAUAAUGAUAGCUUGGUUAGUGAAAGUUUGAUAUCUGAUAAUCUUGGAACCGAAAGUACUAUAAGUGAUUGUGAUGUUGAAAUAUGCCCAUUCAUUUUAGAUAAGUCAAGUUUUGAAAAGGCACAUAUAAUGGCUAAUGCUGACGAAAAUAAGGAAUUUACUUUGGAAGAUUUAGAAGUUGAAAAUGAAGAGCUUGAUUCAAUUUCAGUAUUAAAACCGGAGUCAACAGAAUCAGUGGAAGGAAGUACAUAUUCAAUUGAGAGUGUUUCUAAUCAAAGUUUGACAUCUUGUGUUCUUAUUGAUAUAAUCGAUGGUCGCAUCCAAUGUUGUUCAAAACAAACUGAGAGACAGAGACCUUUAACCCAACUAGUUG